CCCAGACGCCUUGUAGGCGCGUGUCAAGAUCUCCCGCCCCUUAAGACAGCUCUAGUACCGGUCAGUCUCCCGUUCCCUGCGUUCCUUCCAAACUACGAAAAGCAACGUCUAGGGCUCGCUUCGUGGCGCGUUUCAGCGUUCAUAAACCUCAGAUUCUCAACCAAAUUAUUGAAGACGCAUUGAUUCUGUGAGCAACAGAUCUUACUCUCUCACCUCUCUUUCAUGGAGGAGUCCUACACAAGCCUCCCUACCAGCCAUUUGCUUGGCUCAGUGCCAUCGGUUAUCAAAGAAGAAAAGAAUGCGACAAACUAUGAGGUCCCUGAAGCAAAUAUGCAAAUAUUCCCUCCAAAUAAUGCAGGGCGGGGUUAUCAAACUCUUGGAAGUCCACCUGAAGGAUUUGAGCAACAACCAGCUAACGGCUGGAAGGGAGUGUUUAAUAUCUCGUCAUACACACAAUAUUUCAAUGUUGAUACAGACAUUGUCUUAAACCGACUGAUGAGUUCUUUGUAUCCUAUUAGCAGAGAUUUUUUCAGCAAGAUUGACGCUAACCCUGAUCUAUAUGGGCUUAUCUGGAUUUCCACUACAUUGGUAUUUGUGCUUGCUUCUUCUGGGAAUUGUGCAACCUACCUCAUGCAGAAACGUAGUGACAGCACUACGUCUUGGAGUUUUGACGUCAGCUACGUAAAUGUGGCAGCAGGUUCAGUCUACGGCUAUGCAAUUGUGGUGCCCCUGGCAUUUUACUUCUUGCUGCAGUAUCUGGGUUCAAAUGCUAGCCUUGUGCGAUUUUGGUGCUUGUGGGGAUAUUCUCUCUCUGUUUUUGUUCUGGCCUCAUUUCUGUUGCUCAUCCCGGUCGAGAUUCUUCGGUGGAUCAUUAUACUUCUCACGGGUUCCGCUUCAGCAUGUUUUGUUGCCUUGAACCUCAGGUCUUAUAUAGAGGGAAAUGAUCUUUCACUGAUAGCGAUUGCUGCAUUUUUCUUGCAAAUGGCUUUGGCGAUCUUCAUCAAGGUCUGGUUCUUUCCAUGAGCUCAUGUAGCGUGGCCGGCUGCUGUGUCCAGAUCUAAAACCAUUGUGUUUACUUUGUUUGUGCGACAUUUGAUACGACAUAAUAGCUGGAGUGGAGUUUGUCUGGAAGACGAGUUUUCCUGUGUUUGGGAUUACUCACUCGGUUGCAUUUGCAAUUUAGUGAAGAGUCUUGAGUCACGGAAUGGUAGAAAGAAUUUUAAGAAGAGGCAGUGUCAUUGAUGAGUGGUAGUGUUUUUUGUUUCAGUUUCUGCAACACCAACGCUAGCAGAGGGCAGAACGAAAUCUUUGGAUUUUCCAUGUUUUAACCUUGUGUAAAUAUACACUAUCUUCGGUACAUUAAUCAUAGCGACUGUUCUGAGCA